UUAGAAAAUCUGAUUUUACAGCUCGGAAAGAAUUAAUUCUUAAAGCUGCGAAUCUACAACUCCAAACCACUUAUUCUUAGACUGAUAGAGUCAUUUCAUUCAUACUGAUUCACGGUCGGUUGUAGUGCGAUAGUGAUAGCUUUGUCUGUUUUAUCACACUACAUUUAUACUUUACAUAAAUGCAGCUUUGGUUCAUUUUUGUUUUACAAGCCAAGUUCGCUGAAAUAAGUUUGUUUGAGGGUUGGAGUCUCCAAUUUCCAGUUUUCCAAUUGUAGUGCCAUGUCUGUUAAUAAUUAUACACGUGAGUGGGUGGAGGCAGUCCAGAUUAGAAUGGCAGAGCGUCUCGAAAUAGAUUCCCUACCACCAACUCCAAUAGUCCAAACCUCACCGUCCCCCAGUUACACGGUCCAGAAGACAUCCACAAAAAGAGAGUUUGACGACCACAUGGACAAUGGCAUAACGGCGCCGAUAGGGACGAAAGAUAAGAUGCGGCAAGAGGACCACAGUGGGAAAGAUAAGCCUCAAGGUCUAGAAACAAGAAGCGAGAUCAAACAAAGACAUUUGGAGUAUGCGAAAAAAUAUUACGAACAGAGUUUGAAACUAGCAACGCCACGAUCAGGGUCCUCUCCGGGUUGCAGUACUGGGUCGUCUCGACGAGUGAACUAAAAAACGAGUCGUUGGGCGACGACACACACACCUUCCCCUUUCCUACAGAAUCUCGGACGCAUUUUUUUUUGAACCGAUCAGUUUACAUUACAUUAUUAUUUUUUAUUUGUGUAAGUUUUUAAAUUAAAAAUUACCAAUUCCUAAGCUUAGAAUGACGGUGCCUUAGAAUUUGGUAAUUGUUCUCAUAUUAUGUGUUCACAUAUUUAUUACUGCUAAAUUUUUUAAAUAGUAGUCAACACAUAAUAAAGAGUCUUGCAACAAAUGUGCCACAUAAAA